AUGCUGACUUUGGGACUUUCAAUCUUUCUCUGUCUACUGCGACCAGCGUGCCUUCAGUUCCCGCGAGCAUGCGUCACAGCCGAGAUCCUACAAACCAAGGAGUGCUGUCCAGUAUGGGGACAGGACGGUUCCGCCUGUGGAGCCCGCUCCGGUAGGGGGUUCUGCCAAGAUGUGGUCGUAUCUGACCUCCCCAACGGUCCGCAGUAUCCAUUCACCGGGAUAGACGACAGAGAGAGGUGGCCCACAGUGUUCUAUAAUCGCACGUGCCAAUGUGCCGGUAACUACAUGGGCUUCGACUGUGGUGACUGCACUUUCGGGUAUUUUGGCGUCAACUGUGCUGAGAAAAGGGAAUCGUUGAGAAGGAAUAUAUUUCAGCUGUCAGUCGCUGAAAGACAGAAGUUCAUAUCUUAUUUGAACCUAGCCAAACAUACCAUAAACGCAGAUUACGUGAUAGUAACCGGGACAUACGACGGAAUGAACAAUGGGACAAAUCCCAUGUUUGCGGAUGCCAGUGUCUAUGAUGUUUUUGUUUGGAUGCACUACUACGUAUCAAGAAAUGCCUUGCUUGGAGGAUCAAACGUUUGGACCGAUAUUGAUUUUGCACACUGGGCUCCGGCCUUCUUACCUUGGCACCGUGUGUACUUGUUGUCAUGGGAACAUGAAAUCCGGAAACUGACGGGAGACUUCAGUUUCACCAUUCCAUACUGGGACUGGAAAGAUGCGUUAGACUGUGAGGUAUGCACUGACGAGCUAAUGGGUGGUCGGAAUCCCCUGAAGCCGAACCAAAUCAGUCCCGCAUCGGUAUUCUCUUCAUGGAAGGUGAUGUGCUCCCAAGCAGCUGAAUAUAACAGCAGGGGGGCGCUAUGCAACGGCACGGGGGAGGGCCCCUUGCUGCGCAACCCAGGCAAUCAGAACCGCGACAUAGUGAGCCGGCUGCCCACUUCUGCCGAGGUGGAGUUCACGCUCAGCCUGUCGCAAUAUGACACCGGCCCCAUGGACAAGAGUGCCAACAUGAGCUUCCGGAAUACAAUGGAAGGCUUUGGCAACCCUCAGACUGGGCGGGGCGGCGGUGCCCAGCGUUGGAUGCAUGCAGCGGUGCAUGCCUUCAUGAACGGCUCCAUGUCCUCAGUGCAAGGGUCCGCCAAUGAUCCCGUCUUCCUCCUCCACCACUCCUUCGUCGACAGCAUUUAUGAACAGUGGCUGCGGACAUACCGGCCCUCCAGGUCCCAGUACCCCCAGGCCAAUGCCCCCAUUGGACACAAUGCCGGCUACUUCAUGGUUCCUUUCAUACCUCUCCACAGGAACAGCGACUACUUCCUGUCCAGCAAAGCCUUGGGCUAUGAGUACGCUCAUCUGUUAGAUCCCGGCCAGCGCUUUCUACAGGAUUUCCUCGGCCCUUACCUGGAGCAGGCCCAGGAGAUCUGGCUAUGGCUCCUGGGCGCUGGACUCUUUGGGGCCCUGGUAGCAUGCCUCACAGCAGCAGCCGUGGCCUUUAACUACAACACACAGACAAAGAAAAAAGCAUCAGCGGAUUCAGAGAGACAACUCCUGAUUGACAGCAGAAAGACGGAGAGCUUCCUUUUGUCAGACCAAACCUCUCCCUGAAAGGAGUCACUCUCCUAACUGUGCCUCGAUGAGUACUACAUAAAAUAUAAUGAAACAAUAAUUGUGAAGAUUAUACUUUAUUUCAGUGGAAAC